GGCGUUCAGAGGCAUCAACUUACGUAUCAGAGGCAAGCAAGGGAGGAGACGCCAACGUUCUGAGAGGAGUAGGGCGACGAUCGAUGGCGUUCAUGCGGUACUACCGCGGGCUGCCGCACGGGGAGACGACGGUGGAGGAGUUCAGGGCGUGGCUGAGCCAGUUCGAUGCGGACGGCGACGGCCGGAUCAGCCGGGAGGAGCUGGAGGAGGCGCUGCGCAGCCUCAACCUGUGGUUCGCGUGGUGGAAGGCGCGGGAGGCGAUGCGCGCGGUCGACGCCAACCGCAACGGCGCGGUGGACGGCGACGAGAUGGGCAGGCUCUACGCCUUCGCGCACAAGCACCUCCACCUCAAGAUGAGCCAGCUGGAGGAGUAAAUUAGAGUGAAAAUCAUUUGUAUAUAUAGUCGUGUGCUGCAAAAAGUUUGGUAUGAGUUCGUGAGUUCAUUCUGCACUGUUUCCUGAAUGCAACUUUCAUGAUCUUGGACUAUGAACUCUCAUAAGUCCGAGAAGCAGUGAUUGCAUUUUCCUGUACAUAAGUAGAGAUUGUAUUUCACGCAACAAACACUUUUUAAGAACUUGUACAUUAUAAACUA